AUGGCCGCAAACAUGCAGCACAUGGCGGGAGCGGCGGGGAUGAUGCAGCAACAGCGUGCCCCCCGGCCCUCCCCGGUCCAGUUGAACCAGUUUCUCUACACUACCAUGAUCAAUCAGCAACAGAUACACUCGGGUUGGCAGGCUGGCGUUGCUGUUCAGGAACGCAUGAUUAAGUGCCACAAUCUUAUUACCAACAUUGCACUUGCUGUUAACAACAUCGAGUUCAUGAAGGCAGCAGAAGUCGGCGUGAACUUUGAACGCGAGGCUUUUAACAAGUCAGCCGACAAAGCGCAAUACGAAGCGCAAAUGAGCAACAAAACGAAUGAAUUUUUUCGACGACGACAGGCGAACGAGCAGAAUCUCAGCAGCAAUCUCCAAGCGCAGGCGGCCGCCCAAGCCCAGCAGCAGCUCAUGAUGAGCCAAAACAACGCUAUGCAGAACCAAAUGGGUCGGGGGAUGGGGCAGAACCCGCAGCAAGGUUUUCAGCACCUCCAGCACCAAAUGCAAGCGUCGCAAAUUCCUCAACAGGCUCAGAUGGGCGUGAAUAUGGGCAACCAAGGCGGACAGCCCAUCGGCCCCAACCAGCAAAUGUUCCAGAUGCCGGGUGGACAGCAAAGGCCGCAAAAUGCACUUCCGACCGACGCGGCAAGCCUGACGCCUGCCGACCAGCAAAAGGUCAUGGAGCUCGCGCAAAAGCUCCUCAACUCGUGCCCCGAGCCGCAAAAGAACCACUACCGCGGCCUCGUCCAAACCCGCUUCGCGCAACGCGCCCAGGAAUACACCGCCCAGGGCAAAGAUCCGGUUCUCAUUUGGUUCCAGCACCAAGCGUUCCAGGGUCUGACCAAGAACAUUGCGAUCCAGAGGCAGCGACAGCAGCAAGGCGGCCUCCCUCCCAACAUGAACCCGGCACAGGCUGCCAUGUUGCAGGCUGGCCGUGGGCAAAUGAACCCGGCCAUGAUGAAUGCCGCGGGCAUGCAGGGCAGCACUGGCGAGUUUGGCCAGUUCAACACGAUGGAGAGCAUCAUGAACCAGCAAAAGGCCGGCAUUCUCGCUCAAGAGCAAGGGCAGAUGGUCGUCCCUGCUAGCAAUGGCCCGCAACGCAACGCCACGCCACAGCCAAUUGGCGCGGGCCAAGGCCAGGGCAUGCCGAACCAGACUGGUCCAAACCAGACGCCACGACCACCUCAAGCUCAGCAACAACUCAGCAUGCAGCAAGCCCAGCAGUUGAAGAUGGAGCAGCAGCAGUCGCAGCAUGCAGCCCAGAUGAGGGCACAGCAGCAGGCCAGGCAACUACAAGGCCAACCUAACGGUCUCGGUGGCGCGCCUCCGUCCCAGAGCCCCGGGAUGAACACCUUGAACACACCCAUGCGCCGGCCACCCAGUGCCAUGAACCCCAUGGAUGGCCAGGGUGGUGCUCCAGGUAAUGGUCCUUUUGCCGGCACUCUCGACCCUCGUUUCAACCAGGGCAAUCAACGGCCCAUGUCUACGGCUGGAAACAUGAAUCUCAACGGCAACCCAGUGUUCCACAGUAUGAUGCAGAGCAUGAGCCCCGAGCAAAGACAGGCAAUCCAGCAGUUGCCGCAAGACAAGCUCCACGAGGUCAUGGCCAAGUGGCAGGAACAGCAGCGUAACCGGAUGAAUGCCAUGAACAACCAGCAGAUGCAAGGCCGGCCUGGGCAACCCGGGUUCCCAAACAUGCCAAACGGGCAGUUCAUGCCUAAUGCUAUGAUGCAACCAGGCGCACCCAACCCGCAGCUCAUUGCUCAGCAACAGCAAAUGUUGGCCCGUCUCAGAAACCAGGGAACGCCUCUCGCACCAGCCCAUCAGGUCAUGAUGGAUAGCAUGGACCUUCCGCCGCCAGUACUAGCACAGGUUGGAAAUCAGCUUCGCGCUCCUCCUGAAGUCCGCAAGUGGAAGGAUCUCAGGGCGUGGCUCCAGCAGAACCCCAUUGCGCCACAGAUGCAGCAGCAACUCGAGAGAGUCCAAAGACAGCAAUUUGCCCAAUACAUGCAGAGACAGAUGGAGAGGAGGAAUCAAGCAGCGCAGGCACAACAAUCACAACAGCAUGCACCGCAACAGCAGCCUCAACAGUCACAACAGCCGCAGCCUCAGCCUCAGAUGCCUCAGCAGCCUAACCCCCAGCAGCCUCAGCAACCUCAACAGCCGCAACAACCUCAACCUCAAGCUCAACCCCCGCAGAACGGCAUGCAACCGGGCAACGCCGGCCUAAACCAGGCAGUUCCCGGUCAGGUGCAGGGCAUGCCACCAAACAUGCCCCAGGUCCCUGCUCAUCUGAUCCAGGUAACACCUCACGACAUCAUGAACGCCCGCAAGGCAAAUCCCAAGGUCGCGAGCCUCACGGAUGACCAGCUUAGAGCCUUCAUCAUUCAGAUUAAGCAACGAACGCUGGCGGCUCAGAUGCAAAAGGAGAUGAGCAUGCGGGCAGCACAGGCCGGGGGCAUGCAGGGAGGACAAGCACAGCCGAACGGGCCCAUCUCCGCAUCUCAACCUCAGCAACCUUCAAUGGCACAACAGAGUGCUCCUCAGCCGCCGAACCCCACCCCGACGCCCACCCAAGCACCUCAGCCGGCCCCGCCAAAGCAACAGAGCGCAACGCCGGAUCCGAAGACUGUCGCGAAUGCGGCUGGGCCCAGGAACAACAACCGUCCAGCACCAAACAGCCAGCAGCCUCCCAAUCCUUCUCCCGCAACUGCCCAAAAGAGCCUCAAACGGCCUAGCACUGAUGACGCCGCCGAUGUUCCUCAGACCGCUCCUCAGCCACAACGGCCGCAAGGGCAGAUGCGCAUGCCGAACCUCACUCCUGAGCAGGUUGCCAGCUUGUCCCCCGAGCAGAAGAUGAAGUAUGAGCAGAUGAAGGCUCGUGUUAUGGUGGCCAACUCCAACAUGAGCUCCUCCGAACCCGAUUUUGAAAAGCUGCGGCGGAUAGGCCAGGAAGAACAGAAGUCGAUGCAGGCCGAGCAGAUGCCGGACAUUCCGAUGUCUCCAGAACAACGACAAGAGACGAUGCAGAUGCUGAUGAAACUUGUGGUUGACAUGGGCAAGAUAGGCAAAGCAUUGGGCCGAUGGUACGCGGCUACUCGCGAUGACGCGCGCGCAAAGAGCUACUUCCGAGCUCGACUCCGCAUGAUCAGACAGUUCACCGACGGGGAGCAAAUGAGGAAUCCCAAGCCGGUUUUCAGCGUCACGCCUACUGAGAUUGCUGAAGUCCGACGCCUCUUGGAAAGCAUGGCCAGAGACUGUGCCACAUUCUCCAAGAAGGGCAACGCACCGCCUCCACAAGGCGGCCAAGCUGGACCGAACCAGGCCAAUGCAGCCCCUGCACAGGGCGGGCAGCCUACUCCGUUGAGUGCCGCGAACCUGGAGAAGCAGACGCAGGCGCUGAACAAGAUGCACAGCCGAUCAAACAGCAAGAGCGGCGGUCCGCCUGCGGCACCGACAACGAGCCAACCCCCAUUUUCGUUCGGUGCGACGUCCCCGCACGGGCAACCUACCUACGCGCAGCCCAAGCCCAAGGUCAGCAGAGACAACCUCACCCUCCCGCCGAGAAAGAAGACCAAGACCGAGACGCCCCCGCAGCCCAAUCAGGCCACGCCGUCGCCUCAGAUCAGCAAGUCCGGGUCUCCCGAGCUCAAGAGGCAGCCUCCGCCGGAACCCAAGGCGCCGCCGAAGCCCAUGUUCCUGUGCCCGGAGGCGGACUGCGAGAUGGCAACGACUGGUCUCCCCUCGGAACAAGCACGACAGGCGCACAUCCAGGAAGAGCACGUCAAGCCUUUGGAGGACCCGAUGAAGUUCAUGCAGGAGAACCUGGCGCUCUCUCUGGGUCUCGACGUCAACGGGCAGGUCAAGACGGAGCCCCAAUCACAGCCUAUGGGACAGAACCCCUCCAGGCAGGGCCAGACUCCGGCAAGCAACCCCGGAGCGACACCGAUGUCGAGAGAUGUCUCCAUGCAACGCACGGGAAGCAAGAUGGGAGGAAAAGCGGACAUCAAGCCUGUUAUCAAGCCCGACGGGACGCCGAAGCUCGAGAACAAGCAGCCCGAGACGAGUGCUCCGGCGCCGACGAUGGAUGCUUGGGCCAACACGAUCGACCCGCAGAGCCUGUUCAACAACCUGGGCAAGUUCGAGCUCGGCGCCAAUGGCGUCAUCAGCGACAUGGGUGUUUACCGGUCUCUCACACCCAACGAUACCCCCGAGUCGAGCAAGGACAGCGGAUCGUCGGAACCCAACAGCGACAUCUCGGAAGGAGCCCAGUUGGACAUCGACCUCAACUGGCAGCCUGUUGAUGUCGACCUGCUUCUCGACAUGAACAACAUCAACAUGGAAGGACUCGACACGUUGCCCGAUAACGGUGGCGAGUUCGAUGCGCUAAUGCUGGAGGAGGCGAUGCCCAUGGAGCCAUUUAUCAACUGGGACGAAGUGAACAAUGACUUUAGCAAGCCGUUCCAGUUCGACAACAGUCUUUACUCACUGGACGUGUCUUGA